AUGACGCGAUUCAUGCUCAGCAACAACUACUUUAGGCCAAAUCACCAGAAAGGGUUUUUACCCGGGAUUUCUGGAUGCUUAGAACACAACACCUUGCUGUCGGAGAGUUUAAAAGAUGCUAGAAAAAGCGAGCGGCAAAUCACUGUUUGUUGGAUAGACUUGGAGAACGCUUUCGGGUCGAUACAACACGAAUUGAUGCUAUUCGCGCUUAGAUGGUACAACUUUCCACCCCUAGUUAGAGAUAUGAUCGCGUCGUAUUACUCAAAAUUAAGGUUUUCUAUAAUAACUAAAGAAGGCCCUUCAAAAAGUUUGAGUUAUAAUGUAGGACUGUUUCAAGGUUGUUGUCUAUCUCCAAUUGCGUUUAAUAUCGUAAUUAACAUCUUAGUAGACAAAUUAAUCUGUAACGAGAAAAAAUGGGGUUAUCGGUUUAAGUUUAAUAAUAAAUACACGGAAUCCAUUUUAGCCUUCGCUGACGAUCUCGCAAUACUGACACGUAACCCCAAACACUGUCAGGUACUAUUGGAUGAAGUGGAUAAAUUCUGUGAGUGGACGGAUGGAUUGAGGACAAAACCCAGUAAAUGUCACUGUCUGUGUCUUGGUAGGCGGAAUACAAGAUACACCUCAUACGAUCCGGGACUAUCGUUAGGCGGUCAAUGCAUUUCUACGGUUACGGAAAAUGCACCAUUUAAAUUUCUCGGUCGUAAGAUAGAUAAUAUAGGCCGUACUCCAUCUUUAGAAGGAAUAGUAGAUAGCUUUUUGAACGAUCUUAACCAGUUAGAUGCAGGCGUCAUAAAGAUGUUGAAGUUGUGGCUCGGGCUCGCUCUAACGGCUGAUUCAUCGGCGUUAUUUAGGGGAAGCAAUAGUUUUGGGAUGAGUCUAAAAAGGCCAUCGGAGCUCUAUAAACACCUAAGAGUUUCCAAGAGAUAUAUCCUGGGGAAAUCCCAUGAUGACAUAGUGACAUCGCUCCCAAAAGAUGAAGAUGCCCCCGAGCUAGAGUCACGACUUCAAUUCCAUAAGCAAUUUAUGAUAGGAGCGCAAAUUGGAACUGCUAAGCAUCUGCUGGUGGGAUGUAAGGUACUCCUUGACAGCGGUCAAUACUCGCGUCGUCACGAUAGGGUUCUAGAAGUCAUACGUGAAGCGGUUAGUCUUUCGGUAGCCAGAGCGCAAAAGGGAAUAACCACAAACGAACGAUCAGUAGGUUUUGUGAGAGAAGGCUCUAGGGCUACAAAAUCAAACGUCAAGCCUUACUCCAUCCUUAAAGCGGCGUCGGAUUGGACUAUAAUCAUGGACACGUAUGAAAAACAAUAUAAAAUCCCCGAGGAUAUUUGUGCGUCGGCCUCCAGACCGGAUAUAUUUUUGUUUUCGCGAAUUUUAAAGCGCGUAGUGAUGAUAGAGCUUACGGUCCCUUGGGAAACCAACAUCCCCAAAGACCAUACCAUCAAGGUCAACAAAUAUUACGAGCUCACAAACGAACUCACUCGAAAUAGGUUCGUAGUAGAUUUGUACGCGGUGGAGGUGGGAGCGAGAGGUAUAACAGCGAAAUCUCUCUAUAACCUACUAAAGGACUUGGGCUUGUCCAGAACUCACAUUAAUGCAUUCUUGGAACGUACAUCGAAGGCAGCCCUAGUAGGUUCUUUUCAAAUUUGGUUAGGUAGGGAGAGGAGCUUGGACAGUGGAGGUGAGCGUAUAACGCGCGUUCAUUAA